AUGUGUUGGUGUUUGGCUGGUCUAUGUGGGGCUAGGAUUCUUCCCUUAUCGGACUCUUCUUCUACUUCCGAGAGCUUUGAUGUCAUGGAUUAUGGAGCCAAGGGUGAUGGCAUGAAAGAUGAUACUGAUGCAUUUUCCAAGGCAUGGAAUGCAGCUUGCAGUGCAAAAGGCUCACCAGAGAUGAUAAUUCCUUCAGGAAACUUGUUCAGUGUUGGACCACUUCAGUUUACAGGACCAUGUGAAUCCAAUGAUGUUCAUGUUAAUGUAGAAGGAGAUAUUUUGGGGCCACCACCUUCUUCAUGGGAUGGUGCUCGUAAAGAAACAUGGCUUGUAUUCUCCCAUAUUAAUGGGCUCACAAUUAAUGGGUCUGGAAAAAUAGAUGGCCAUGGCCCUGCUUGGUGGGCUCAGGCUUGUAGAGAAUGGAAGGGAAAUGAAAUAUGUGCAAAUCCAACGGCAUUUACUGUAGAGAAUUCAAGUGAUGUGAGGGUAAGUGGGCUCAAUAUUGUGAACAGCCAACAAAUGCAUGUGGCCGUAGAGCAGUCCACAUCUGUUACCAUCUCUCAUCUCACGAUAGAGGCACCAGGAGAUAGCCCUAACACAGAUGGGAUUCACAUACAGGGCUCUAGCUCCAUAACCAUAGAGGAUUGUAACAUAGGAACAGGAGACGAUUGCAUUUCUAUUGGACCUGGAAGCUCUGAUCUCAAUAUCUCUAACAUAGUUUGCGGCCCUGGUCAUGGCAUAAGUAUUGGAAGUUUGGGGAAGGGAGGAAAAACAUCAAACGUUGAAGGUGUGCAUGUGAGAGACAUUAACAUGACAGGGACAACAAAUGGAGCCCGGAUUAAGACCUGGCAGGGAGGGGCUGGGACGGUAAGUGACAUCACCUUUGAAAGGAUAACCAUGGACAAUGUAGACCGUCCCAUCAUCAUCGACCAAUACUAUUGUGAUGCCAAUUAUCAUUGCCAAAAUCAAACAUCAGCUGUUGAAGUGAAAGGGGUGAAAUUUAUUGGAGUAAGGGGAACUUCAAUCAAACCAGAGGCAGUGAAAUUGGCUUGUUCUACGAGUGUGGCUUGCACUAAUAUCCUUCUUGAUGGCAUAGAACUAAAAACAAUUGGUGGGGAGAAGACUGUGUCUUAUUGCCUCAACGCCUUUGGCUCAGCCAAUGGCCAAGUCAUUCCCAAGCCAUGCCUCAAUUGAUCCAUUAUUACUCUCUCUCUAUCUCUAUCUCAUCUUCUAAGGACUAGA